AAAAACAAAGCAACAAUAAUUGACAAGUCUCUUUCCUUCAUCUUUAUCUCUUAUCAAGAACAUUGAGCUCUGUUCUUCUUCUUCUUCUGACUCUUGGUCUGAUCUCUUACAAGAAAUAUCACACAAAUGGCGUUCGCAGGAACAACACAAAAAUGCAUGGCCUGUGACAAAACCGUUUACCUCGUCGACAAGUUAACCGCAGAUAACCGGGUCUACCACAAAGCCUGUUUCCGUUGUCACCAUUGCAAAGGAACUCUAAAGCUUAGCAAUUACAACUCCUUUGAAGGAGUUCUCUAUUGCAGACCACAUUUUGAUCAGAACUUCAAGAGAACAGGAAGUCUUGAGAAGAGCUUCGAAGGGACACCAAAGAUCGGAAAACCGGAUAAGCCUUUGGAGGGAGAGAGACCUGCUGGUACCAAAGUGUCUAAUAUGUUUGGUGGAACACGAGAAAAAUGCGUUGGCUGUGACAAAACCGUCUAUCCAAUUGAGAAGGUGUCGGUGAAUGGGACAUUGUACCACAAGAGCUGCUUCAAGUGUACACAUGGAGGAUGCACGAUAAGUCCUUCGAAUUACAUAGCUCACGAGGGGAAGCUUUAUUGCAAGCACCAUCAUAUUCAGCUGAUCAAGGAGAAAGGAAAUUUGAGCCAGCUUGAAGGAGGAGAUAAUGCCGCUAAGGACAAAGUGGACGCUGCUUGAAAAAAAAAAAGAGAUACAGUUCAUUUUGACCCUUAAAGAACCAAUAGUCUCACUACCUCUCGAUCUGCAACAUAUAUUGGUUUUGUUUCUUCUUAAACUUGUGUUCUUUCUCGUUGUUUCUUUUGGGAUCUUUGUUGUCUCCUCGGGUGAUCUUGUUCACUCUUCGUGGGGUUUCUUGAGAUGAAACAAAGAAACAUAUAAAUAAUGGAAUAUUUGCUUAUGAGAAUAUACGCAUUGCGUUCAAAUAACAGUUGUUUAUAA